AUGAAAGUUGUAGAAUUCCGAAUAUGUAUGCCAUUAACAGUUGAUGAAUACCAAAAAUGUCAACUUUAUUUAGUAGCAAAGGGUACAUUAGAAGAUGCCGAACAAAGGAUUAAAAAUGCUGAAAAAUAUGGAAGUGAAAAUAGUGUAGGUGUUAUUAUAUUAAAGAAUGAAUCCUAUGUAGAAAAUAAUGCAUCAGGGCAAUAUACAUUAAAGAAAUUAAAUAUAUUGCACAAAAUGCCAAAAUGGUUAUUAAAUUUUGUUGAUAAAAAAUAUUGUACAAUAGAAGAGCAAUGCUGGAAUGCAUAUCCAUAUAUUAAAACAAUUUUUCAAAGUAAUGGAUUUCCAAAAGGGAAAAUUCAACUCGAGUCAUCACAUCAUUCUGGUUUUGAUACAGAAAAUAAUGCCUUAAAUUUAUCAGAUGAUUUAUUAAAUAUAAGAAAAAUUAUAUAUAUAGAUAUAGUUAAUGAUAAAGUAAGUUCAAAAGAAUAUAAUAGUAAUGAAGACCCUUCGCUAUUUUUGAGUAAAAAAACGGGACGGGGCCAUUUUCAGCAAAACUGGAAAGAAACAAGUGAACAUAUAAUGACAUGUUAUAAAUUAAUAACUUUAGAUAUUCCUUAUUUUGGUUUAUUUUGUUCAAAAAUCGAAAACUGGAUUAUUUCUGCGAUUCGAGAUAAUUUAUUAAAAUAUCACAGAAAAGCAUUUUGUUGGAUUGAUGAAUGGUUUGACUUAAAAAUCGAGGAUAUACGUAACAUUGAAAAAGAUGUUCAAACAAAGCUCAAGAACUUUUGGACAGAAACGGGACAAGACGCUCCGACAGACAAUAUUUCCAACCAUGUUGAUAAUAGCGAGUCAGACAAGGAAAGUGAAGAAAGUGAAGAAAGCGAAAAGGGUGAAGAAAACAAUCGAAAUACCAGCAUAUAUGAAUCCUUAAUAAAUGACGACGACUCAAAAUGUGAGAGUUUCUCGAAUAUUAGUGAUAAUGAAAAUAUAAAAAAUGGUGUUAAUAAAGCAGAUAAAUAUUCCAACAAUAUAAAUGAUAAAAUUAUUUUUGAUGAGGCAUCUAAAAAUAGCAUGGUAUUUUCAAAUAUAAGUUUAAGUUAUAAGAAUGAAAUGUCUGAAAAUAUGAAAAAUCGAAAUGAUGAAAUUCGAAACCAAAUUAUGAAUAGAAAUAAUAUAAAAACUUAUUGUGAAAAUCGAAUUUAUGAUUUAGAAGGGUAUGAAAUAAUACAAGGAAAAAGUGAAAUAAAAAAUAAUGGAUUUGAUGAGAAUAAAAAUAUGAACAAAGAAAAAGGAGAUUUGUUUGAUGAGAUUGAGCCUAAUAAAAGUGUAGAUAAAAUUUUGGUAGACAAUGAAAAAAGAGAAAUUAUUGAAUAUUUUUUUUUUAAAAAAAAUAAAAAUGAAUAUGGUGAAUAUUUAUAUAAAAUAAGUGAUGGUAUGUUUUAUUCAUGGAAAUAUAGAUAUUUUAGCAUAAAAGAUAAUAAAUUAUAUUAUUAUAUUAAUAAUGAAAAAAAUGAUUUAAAAGGAGAAAUAAAUUUAUUAAAUGCUCAAAUACAUUGGAUAGGUGAAUAUAAGGGUAGGAAUAAUGUGUUUGUAAUUCAGUGUUUUUAUAAAAAUGUAUACUAUUUAAGUAUAGAUGAUGAAAUUCAGGCAAAAAAAUGUAUGAUAGAUAUUCAAAUGGCUAGUUUAAUUAAUGAAACAAAUAAUUCAAAGAAUAAUGUAGAAAAACAAAACGAAUGUAACGAUAUAAAUAAUAUAAAAGUUGAAAAUUAUAAAAAUUUAAUGAAUACUUAUAAUGAUGUUGAGAAUAGUGAUAAUAUAGAAAAUGAGGCUCAACCUUUGAACAAUUUAAAUGGUAAAAUAAAAGAAAAAAAAACAAAAAUAAAAAAUGAAAUUAGUAAAUGCUCUUAUAUAUUUAAGAAGAAUGAUAAAGAAAAUGAAAAUAAUAUAAAUGAUCAAAAUGAUGUUAGCGAGCAUAAUACAUUACAAAUAAAUAAAACUAAUGAAUAUGAUAACUUUGAAUGGAUAAGAAUAACCCAAAAGAAUAAAGUUGAAAAUACUUCGAUAGGUUUACAAUUAUUUAAUAAUGUAAAUAAUAAGAGAUGGAAAACAAAUGAUAAUUGGGUAUAUGAUAAUAAUAGUAAUUGUUGUAACGAAUAUGCUUCCCCUUUAUUAGGGGAUAAAAGUAGGAAUACAUUUCAAUCUUUUAAUUUAAAAGAUAUAAUAAAUGUGCUUUUUGGGAGUUUUGAGGGUAUUGAAAUAUUUAAGAUAAAUAAGGAUAUACAAUAUAAAGGGGUGAAGGAAUUAUUACACGAACUUAAAAUUGAUUUGAAUAUAAAUGAUGAAUUAAAUGAUCAUUUAAAAAAAUUAUUUAUUUUUAAAAAAAAACGAGGAAAAAAAAUCGAGUAUUUUUUAUAUAUUAUUUUAAUUUUUUUGUUUUUCAUAUUUUUUCAUAAAAUUUUAAAUUUUUUGUUUUAUUUUUUUAUACCUAUAUUUUUUUUCUUUUUGGGAGCAUUUAUUUAUAACGAUCAAAUAUGUUAUUAUGGAUUUUUCAGUAACACCAAUUAUAGUGUGUAUAAAUGUUCCUUCAAUAUUCAUUCAAAUAUAAAUUUUGUAAUGUCUAUAUUAUUGAAUAAGAACAAAAUUCACAAAGGGGAAUAUUAUCAAAAUGUUAUUCAAUCAAAGAAUAAAUGCACACGUUAUGUUUGUAGUUUUAUAUUUUUUUAUGUCCCUAUUUUUAAACAAGUAUAUGAAUUUUAUAGACCAAGAAAAUUUUUUAUGACAAAAUAUUUAGAGAAGCAUAUUAGAGAAGUUGAUAAAAUGAAUGAUCAUAACAUAGGAUAUGAAAAGUUUGUUAUUCCAAAAAAUGAAAAUGAUAAAAAAAAAAUGCGUUGUUACUUCAUUGUACAAUAUACAAACAAAAUUUCAAAAGAAUAUUUCAAUUUGAUAAACUAUGAAAAAAAAAUAAAAGAUGAAAAUAAAGAUGAAUUUUAUAAACAAUUUAUUUCAAAUCAUGAUUUAAAUGAGUAUAAUAUGAAUAAAGGCGAUGAAAAAAAUACAAAUUUAAAAAAUAUAGAAGAAAAAAAAAAGGAAAAUAAUAAUUUUAAAUAUAAAAAAAUGUCUUCUAUAGAUGGUAUAACUACUAGUAUUUAUAGAAAAAAUAAUACAUUAAAUAAUAGUAAAUAUAAUAGCGAUUUUUCAACUAAAAAAAUGUCUAGUAUCAUAUUAGAAAUGAGUAAGGCGAAAGUUGGAAAAUUAAUACAAAAUUGUAUAUUUGGCUUGUUAAAACGAUUUUUUAAAAUAAUUAAAAACACAUUUUUUAAUGAAUAUGUAAAGGGUGAAGGAUUUGAUAUAUAUAUAAUUAAGGGAAAAGGGGAUAAAAUAUGUAAUAUUGAAUAUUUGACAUGUUACAAUUAUAAAUCUGCAAUUUUUAAUAACUAUUUAAAUAUUGAAAGAUGCAAAAAUGUGAUAAGAUUGUUCAUGCCUAAUGAUAAUAACAAAAAUAAUUAUCAAAAAUGUGAAAUCGGUUUUGACAAAGAUAAUAAAAGCAACUUGUAUAUAGACGAGAAUGAAGAAAAUAUAAAACUACUUAUAAAUAAAAAAAAAGAUGAAAAAGAAAUAUGUAGAAAUAUAUUUUUUAAUAUUAAUAAUGAAGAUAUAUCAAAAAAUAUGAUAAAAUAUAUAUAUAAUUUAACUAGAAUAAAAUAUGCUAAUACAAAUAAAUAUAUAGGAUUAAUAAAAAAUAUGAAUGAUAUAUUUUUUAUUAUUAAUUUAUCAAAAGUAUUUCUUUAUUUAAUUGAUAAAAUUGAAUUACAUGAAAUAAAAAAUCCUAAAAUAAUAGAAAAAUUAACAAAUAGACAUUCCGAUUUUAAUUUUUAUUCAGAUGAUUUAUUUAUUAAUAAUGUUAUUUAUAUAUUAAGUGGAUUAAAAUUAUUGCAUAAUACAUAUGAAAAAUCAUGGAUUUUUCCAAAAAAAAACGAAAAAAUUGAAGGAAAAUAUAAUAAUUCUUAUAUUGUUAUAAGUAUGACAAAUGAAUUGCCCAUUACAUUUUCAAUAUUAACUGAAAAUUAUAAAACAAAAACAAAAUUAUAUUCAGAUAUACAAUUUGUGUCGGACUCUACAAUGAAUGGAGUAAAUAUAUUUAUAAAUAAUGAUAUAAUAAUUAAAAGUAAUAAUAAUUAUGAAUUAAAAUUUGCAUUUCCAAAUAUAUCCUUAAUCGAUUUGAUAAAAGGAAAUCUAACAUACACAUUUUGUAACAAUUUAGUUGCUACUGAUAAUUUGGGUAAUUGGGCAAAUAUCAAGUUCAUUGAUAAAUAUACAAAAUGUGGACAAUUUUGUGGAAUUAUUAAACGAAAUGAAGAAAUUACCAAUAUACUGAGUGGAAAUAUUUUUGAUAAAAUUAUUAUUGAUGAUGAUAAAAGAUAUAAUAACAUGAGUGACAUAGAAAUAGAAAUAGAAUAUAAUGAUGACUAUAAUUCAACUAGAUUAAGUGAAAAUUAUAUCAAAGUAAGAACACUGAUGGAAAAAUAUAAGACAAAUUUGUGA